ACCACCACCCCUAGCUGCCACCACCUCAAGCCCUAACCCCUCCGCCCCCACACGCCUCCCUCCAUUCCACCACCCAUGGCGGCCAUCACCACCACCACCGCGCCCUCCUCCUUCCGCAUCUCCUCCUCACCACCACCCACAACCUCUACCCCGCGCAGCAUCCUCACCUUCAACGCGCGCAACCGCUGCCACUCCAGGCUCGCCUGCCGUGCCACCGAUGUGUCCGGGGCCGAGCCCUCCGCGCCGCCCGAGGCCGGAGGCGGCCGCACCUGGGUCCCGGUCGUGCCGCUCGCGGCGCUCCCGCGGGGGGAGCGCCGGGUGAUCGUGCAGGACGGGGAUGAGAUCCUGCUUCUCUGGUACAAAGAUGAAGUCUUUGCCAUCGAGAACCGCUCCCCGGCUGAGGGCGCAUACUCCGAGGGCCUCCUCAACGCCAAGCUCACGCAGGACGGUUGCAUCAUUUGCCCAUCAACAGACAGUACAUUUGAUCUUCGCACUGGGGAAAUAAAAGAAUGGUACCCCAAAAACCCUGUUUUAAGGGCUCUAACACCUGUUCUGCGAAAACUAUUCGUGUACCCUGCGAAAACCGAUGGAGAGAAUAUAUACAUCAGCAUUAGGGGAGCUGGUACCGCUGUUGGAUCAGCUGAGAUUCUGUUCAGUGGGAAAGCUCAACCUGGCAGUACAGCAUCUGAUGUUAACAUCGAAGAGGUGAGAAUGGUAGUUGAUGAAGGUGUUGGAGGUUUUGGUUUCACCCCUUACAAUGAACUUAUCAACGGAAGAGCUGCCAUAAUUGGCUUUCUAUUGCUGAUAGAUUUUGAACUUUUAACUGGUAAAGGCCUUCUCAGGGGAACUGGUUUAUUGGACUUCAUCUAUGCAAUUUCAAGAGCUUUCAGCUGAUUGAGAUGCUUUUUAUUUUGUGUGGAAAUGUUAUUAAGGUAAAUGACUACUCUUGUAAGUGUAGAUUUUGUUUACGUACAAUUGAGUACACGAGCAGUUGUAAUUCAGCAUUAUGUUUACUCACAAAGUAAGGAAUACAAGAAAUGCUUCCCCUCUGUA